GCGUAUUCCAUACGUCUUGUGCGUAAUUUGUCGGCUAAACUUUCAGAUAAUCUGUUGUUUGUUUAUACAUUUUUGUUUGAUUCUUCGUGAUUAAGCUAAAGCUAAUCUUCUGUUGGAGCCCACCAUCUCCCUCUUCUUAACAAAGCAGAAACCCUACUACCACACAUCCCCAUUUCCAUUCCCCCUUUACACAAAAGUUGUGCACGUAAUGGCACUACACCAACCCAAAAAUACAUUUAAAAUAUUUUAUAAACCAAAAAUAAAAAGAAACCCUAGUUCUUUGUUCAACACAAACUUUUCUUGGACAAAUUACUCUCACUCCUCCCAAACUUUUGCAUAGGGUGGACCCCAUGUGUCACUUUUCCUUCGACCAUAAAAACUCAGCCCCUCCUCUUCGUUCCUUCCCUUUUCUCUUCCUUCCCUCCCUCCCCUUCACUCAAAUGAUGAUGAGUUCUUCAGCCAUGUUCUUCAACCAUGAACCGGCCCACAUGGGCCACUUUGAGUGCCCGGUUCAAGAAACCGAGCUCACAACAGCCGAGAUUCAAGAGCUACUGUCUUUGCUUCAAGCAGGGAACUCGGCCUCCCCAAGCUCAGAGGGGUCGAACCGGGAGGUCUAUACAGUUGACGAGAGAAAGCGUAGGCGGACCAUGUCAAAUCGCGAGUCAGCCCGGCGGUCCAGGUGGAGAAAGAAGAAGCAUUUAGAGGACAUGACGAACGAGGUGGAACGGUUGAAAAUAGAGAACCUGGAGAUGAAGAACCGGUUGGGGGUGGUUGCUCAAAAGUGUCACGUAACAUGGAGAGAAAAUGACCGCUUGACAUCCGAGUCCUUAGCUCUAUGUGCGAGACUUUCGGAUUUAUACCGGAUUUUGAUUGCCAUGGAGAUGCAGUACUCACAAUAAUUAUUAAAGUAACAAAAUGAUGAUCAAUAAGCUCUAAUGAAGAUUAAUUAGAGCAAGGUUAAAGAGUGGUAUGGUUUUGUGGGGUACAUUAGGCUGCAUGCAUGGAUCAGCGUGUCACUGAAAAUGAUAGUUAAAUAAUCGUUUAGGUUUUGCUUUUACUUUUGGGUUCCCGUUGUCGAUCGGGGAAAACUUUCCCUUCAGUAGCUUUGUACGUAUUGAGGACUAGCACGUAACCAUGCAUGUCUACAUGUGAAAGAGAUGCAUGAAAUGAGUGCAUGUAAGUUUUUUUCUGUCAAUAUUUAUAGCCAUUUUAGCUUCAUCACCAUGCAUGCUCGAUCACGCUUGUCGCUUCGUGAACUUGAGGCUCUUGUUUUCGCCUUUUUUAUUUUUUUUAUUUUUUUAAGGAUUGGUAGCAGGUAGCUCUGCAUGUUUGUUUCAA